UAACCACACUCACUAGUCACUGCUAUAUAUAUACCCCAGGCCAAGACAGCCUUCCCCGAGCCCGAGGGGCGUAUAGAAAGGGGCUCGGGAGUUGACUCUACUACUACUAGCAGUCACUGAUCGACUUACGCCCAUCAAAGUCGUCUUGCAGCUUGAGGAAAAUUUUGCAAUCUACUCAGAGACAGAUUUUGGUCCCCAUUUUGUUUUAAAUAUGUUUCCUCCAGCAGCUACCGCACUUGGAGAGUUACCAUUCGAUUGUACCCACAAGGAGCUCGUUUAUUCUAUUCUGAAAAUGACUAGAUCCCAUCUCCCACAGAAUGUGAUAGAAGCGAAUCCUUUCCUUUUGGAACCUUCAAAUCUGCCUGAAGUAUGGUACUUCAUACCCUCUGAGGAGAACAAAGGUACUAACGACUUUGGGUUUUGGAAGGCCAAAGGGGUGGCCUGUAAAAUAUACUCGGACGCCAUGAUCACUGGUUGGAGAACUACAUUUGAAUUCUUUGAAGACCACGCUCCUGAGCAUAAAACCAAUUGGAUGAUUCAAGAAUACAGGAUAGUUCAGGGAGAACCUUAUGAAGGCAGCAAGGCCCAGGAAGUGGGCUCCCUUUGUAGAUUCUUUGGUCGCUGCGAGCAAAGCCAAAACUGUAAAAGGCAGCAGAAACCAGCUGGCACUGAUAUUGCCAGUGAAAACCGCAUUCACCCAACUAAAUCAGUUGUUGCUGACAAUUUUACUGGAAAAGGUUCCACAAGCAAGCCACAGGUAAGUGCGGAUGACGACACGAGCAGAUUGAACUUGGCAGAUAUAUUUCCAGAUCAUUGGCCAGAUUACCCCUCUCGAGAUGAUGGCUUGGGGCUAUGGGAUCUUGAUAAUCCUGCAUUGUCUUCAAGUUCAGAAAAUUCUGGUUGCACAAGCAUGUCAUCAGAUGCAUACUUUGAUUCGGAUGCUUUUUUGAAAAUACUAGAGCCCGUAAAGAAUCAGGAGGAUGUAGAUUGCAAGUGGAGUGUAUCUGCAUCAGUCAAAGCGGAUGAGGGGUUCAUAUCUUUACCCACUUCAGGAUCUCUUGUUAGGAGUGGAAGAAAAACCUUGGCACCUGAAGAAAACAUCAAAACGGAUUGGUCUAUUCCCAAAUCAGCUGCACGUGGUCGUGACCUAGAUAGCAACAAUUUAAAGCAUGCCAGCAGAAAUCUGAGGACAAACUUCAGAAAUGAAGGUCCAUCAUCAAGAUCUCACAAUGUGUCCCAAUCAUCCAAUAGCCGGACAGCAGCACCAAGUGGAGAAAAAGCAGAUGCAGCUAGUAAGAAAAAGUUUAAGAAGUAUCUGUGUUAUCUGUGCUUCUUUAUGUAAUUUUAGAGCCUCCUUACAGGUAAACACAGAUAGCAUUUGUGUAUAAUAACCCCAAUGUAGUAGCAAGUAAUGCAUUUGUACGCAGUAGGCUCCAAGAUCAGGAACACCAUGGACCAUGAGUGAGUUUGGUGAUAAAAUAAAGGUAUAAACACGCAUAUAGGUUGAAAUUGAUACUGAGGCAGAGGAAUAAGAGACCCUCAUUUAAGGAAAGCCAAAGGUAGGAAGCUGAUUAUACUCAUCAUCUCCAAUAUUCAAGGGCAAUGGAGGCUUUUUCUGCUGUUUUCUUCUUGUGAGCUAGCUGUUAUUUCUUCUGAACUCAUUGCAUUUAAAUGUAAAGGGUAUAUGUUUUAUUU